ACACACAAACAAACACUCUUUGAAAUCAAAUAUUUUUGAUCUUCCCAUGGUGGAUAUGAUGUGAUUUACCAAGGGCAGAUAGCAGUGUCUUCAGCUAUCUAAGGAGUUAGGUUUUUUAGUGUUACUCUUCAUGUGUUUGAACCAAAAGGGACUAUAGAGGGAAGUUUUAUCCAUGCUUUAGGAUGUGAAGCGAUCUGGAGAAGUGAAGCAAGCAGGCUUCUGGCUUCUUCUGGUGGUGUCUGAAUCUUCUCCCAUCAUUUAAUCUGUGACUUUUUAGCACCUGAGUGGCUUUUGUGACUAAUAAUUUAACUAAUCUUUGUUGUAAAAAUAAAGUCUUUGGGGGAAAAAAAACCUAAGUUUGUUUCUUGUCGUUCUUCCAAAUGCAUAGACCACACGGGUAAUUUAUUAUGAACAGCAGCUCUGGUAUGAGUAAUGGGGUCUUUUGCCUAGUUAAGAGCAAACUUUGGACUCACUAUUGGUGGCACUAAGGUUUACCUCUGGCCUUUAUAAAUGCUUACCAUCCGUGCUUUUGUCCCUACAUGUACAGUGAUACUAAGUAUGUACUUCACUGAGUUGUUAAGGAUUAAAUGAAUUCAUGUGGGUAGAGUGUCAGGCACAUAAGAUAAUUAGUAUUGAAGUUUUAAAUACCUGGAAGAGCCAUCACCUCCCUGCCUGCAACCUCCCACCCUCCCACCAGCCCCUACACCUGGAUACUGAGAAAAUUGAAUUCAAGAAAUCUUUAAGCGACUGGAGAGAUGACUCAGUGGUUAAGAGCACUGGCUGUUCUUUUAGAGGUCCUGGCUUCGUUUCCCAGUAACCACAUGGUGGCUAAUAUCUAUCUCUAGUGCUAAUAUCUCAACUCUCUCUUCUGGUCUCCUUGGGUAUGUGAGACACAGGAGUGGUAAAUCUAUGUGCAAACACUCGUACACAUAAAAUAUAUAGUCCUAAAAGAAAUCUUCAAUUAUAUGUGUUAAAGACAUCUCUCCAUUCCCCAACUAUAUGUCUUAAAGCAUUUUUUUAUUUGAAGCAUUGUGUAUUUGUGUUUUUCACAGGUCACACGGGUAAUUUAUUAUGAACAGUUUUAAACUAGCCAUCUUACUACAGUAGUACCACAUCAUGUGCAUCUGUGGACUGAGAGGCAGCCUUCAUGGAAAGACACUGCUGAUCCUGUAACAUGGAGGAUUGUCUUCAUACCUCAUCUGAGAAUCUGUCCAAAUUGGUCAGCUGGGCCCACAGCCAUGGGACCAUUUGCAGCCUCAUUCCAAACCUGAAACAUUUGCUUUCUGAAGGUUCCCAUGGGAACCUGACUGCAAUGUGGGGCUGUAGUGCUGGCCAUGCUUACCACUGGCCACUAACAGCUACUUGCAGAGCUGGGUCCCAAGAGAGGGUUUGUUUCCAGGACAACCGAAGUUUUAAUUCUGAUAGUCCCAGUAUAAUUGGGGUGCCUUCUGAGACACAGACUAGCCCCGUGGAAAGAUACCCUGGGAGACCUGUGAAGGCAAAGCUGGACUGUAACCGUACCAGAGACUCUUGUGACUUCUCUUACUGCAGUGAGCCCUCUGAACUGGAUGAAGCUGUUGAGGAGUAUGAAGACGAAAACACACUGUUUGACAUGGUUUGCGAGUCUUCUGUUACAGAUGAGGACAGUGACUUUGAACCCCAAACUCAGAGACCUCAAAGCAUUGCUCGAAAAAGGCCAGGAAUUGUCCCAUCUUCCAUCCAUUCAGGUUCCCAGGGACAGAUGGUUGAUGAGUGCAGUAAUGAUGUCAUCAUCAAGAAAAUCAAGCAAGAGAUUCCAGAAGAUUAUUACAUUGUGGCAAAUGCAGAGCUUACUGGAGGAGUGGAUGGACCAGCCCUUUCAUUGACACAGAUGGCAAAGCCCAAGCUUCAAACUCAUGCUGGUCCCUCCUGUGUAGGGUCUGCUAAACUGAUUCCCCAUGUAACAUCUGCCAUCAGUGCGGAGCUAGACCCACACAUUAUGUCAGCAUCCCCCUCUGUGAUCUCCAGACCAAUCAUCCCAAAGACUGCUAGGGUAUCUCUGGCUUCACCAAACAGAGGACCCCCUGGUGCUCAUGGCACUGCCCACCAGGUGACCAUGCAGAUGCCUGUGAGCACAUCACAUCCUAACAAACAGAUCAGUAUCCCUUUGUCUGCCCUUCAGCUGCCUGGACAGGAUGAGCAGGUUGUUUCUGAGGAGUUCCUGCCCCAUUUGCCUAGCCAAGUCUCAUCUUGUGAGGUAGCCCUUUCUCCCUCGGUUAACACAGAGCCUGAAGUGAGCUCCAGUCAACAGCAGCCCCCCAUUGCUCCAACCAUAACCACUGAAGCCACCGCACAGUGCAUUCCAGACCAGGAUGAAAGAGCAGCUGAGCUCAGCAGGGAGCAGAAUGAGAAAACCAUCCGGAGCACUCAGACUGCGCUCCGCAAUUUCCCUUAUUCUACUAAACUGAACAAAUUUCCUGUAUUUAAUAUUAAUGAUGACUUGAAUGAUCUGUGUACCAGUGCAGUGAGCCCAAACACCACCAAAGCCACGAGGUAUGCCCUAAAUGUGUGGCGCUACUGGUGCAUGACCAACGGGCUCAAAGACCACACGGACAUCACCAAGAUCCCUGCAGUGAAGUUGAAUGAGCUGCUUGAGAACUUUUAUGUCACUGUCAAGAAGAGUGAUGGCUCAGACUUCCUGGCUACCUCACUUCAUGCCAUUCGCCGUGGCCUGGACCGCAUCCUGAAGAAUGCAGGUGUGGGCUUUUCCAUCACCAGCAGCACUUUCAGCUCUUCCACCAAGAAACUCAAGGAGAAGCUGUGGGUUCUGAGUAAGGCAGGGAUGUCGGGGGCCCGUUCUCGCAAUAUUGUCUACUUCUCCCUUUCUGAUGAGGAGGAGAUGUGGCAGGCGGGGUGUCUAGGGGACGACAGCCCUAUUACUCUCCUGUCCACAGUGGUCAAGUACAACAGCCAAUAUCUGAAUAUGAGGACGCUGCAGGAGCAUGCAGAUCUGAUGUAUGGUGACAUCGAGUUGCUCAAAGACCCACAGAACCAGCCCUACUUUGCCCGGACAGACAGUGUCAAGCGAGAGAGCCGCAGUGGUUCUACUAGAGUGUGUCAUGGGAAAAUCUACCAUGAGCAUUCCAGGGGACACAAACAGUGCCCUUACUGCCUCCUCUACAAGUACAUGUACAUCCACCGGCCACCUACCCAAAUGGAUGCCAAGUCUCCCUUCUACCUUACAGCCAGGAAGGAGGCCACAGACAUGGGCAAUGUGUGGUAUGAAGAGCAGAGGAUGGGGCUGCGGUCCCUCCGGGGAAUUGUCCCCAAUUUAGCCAGAAAGGUCAAGCUGGACAACUGUGAGAACUUCACUUUCGUCUCAUUCACUCAGGUCUCCAGGCGGCUUAGCUCCCAUAGCUGCUGCCAGUGAACCCUCCAAGGCCAGGCCACUGUCCCACCUACUCACGUAGGAGACUUCCCUCAUGUGGCCAUGGCCAGAGUCAUCAGCAAGCAGGUUCUGAGGCAACAGAGAAUGACAUCUUCACUCCGAGAUCCAGCUGGCCUCCAUUACUGCAGCAGGCCAUUCCUUAGACUUGAAAUUCACUUUUACAUAAAAGUAGAUGACUGAAUAAUUUGGAUGUUCUAUCUAAAUGUGUGACACCUUGUUAAAUCUUAGAAUCUAACACAAUAUAUAAUUACUAUAUACAAGAGUAAAGAAAUUCAUUUUAUCUAUCUAGUGCCUUUUUAGCACAGGUUUUCUUGGGGAAAAAAUGUUUUAAGUAAUUACUUUAAAAAUAUCCAGUAGCCCAGUAGCUUUAGAAUGGUAUAGAAUUAUAUACAUUUUGUUGGGUUUCUUUUACAUAGGGACCUAGAGCAAGAGAGGCAGACAUUAGAGAAAAAUUGCACUCAACAUCCUUUAUGUUUUGUUGGUGGGUACUCUGCCAGGGUGGCAGGGCUGCUCACCGAGAUAAAAGAAACAUUUCCACUGUGCUGAUGAUAGAGACAGUUUGGUGAAACAAAGAUUAAUAUUCUGAAAGGGUGUUUCUGAGACGCCAUCUGCAAUGGACUCAAUGGUCUGCACCGUGAGGGUUUCUAGUAGUGACAGGGGGACUUGGAAAGCCACCUGUGACCCAAAUGUGAAAACCUGAAGCAGAAGUGCCUGCAUCUGUCUGAGUUCUCCACACUGUGAGAGCACUUGCUGUUUGGACUUUGUUUUGUUUUGUUUUAAUCUGUUUUUCACAUCAUGCAAUUGUCAUGUUGGCAAGAGUCCCUGGACAUGUAAGACUAGCAGUAAUGCUCAUGCUUAACUAGGAAAAUCAACAAAGUAAGCCACAAAGAAAACAAAUUCCCAAUUUAUUAAGGAUCCUGGAAAUCUUCUGUGGGUUGGCACUAGUGCUCGGGACACCGAUUUAGGCCACCUACCAGGUAAGCAAAACAGCAUUGAGGACAUGGUGACCAAGUGAGAGGAUCACCAUAGGUUAGUCAUGCAUUGUCAAAUCAUUUCACAUGAAUAAAACUCAAUCUGACCUUGUGUUAUUUAAACAGCAGAAUUUCCUAGUAACUACUCUGAAUACAAGUGUUUAAAAAAGGAGCCCAAAGAGUGCUAAUUAGUAGUAGUAGUUUCUACUCUACUUUCUAUUCAAGGGAAGACUGCUUUCAUUUGUACCAUUAUGUUCUCAUGUGUGCUUUCUGAUCCCAAAUUAAAACCCCAGUGCAGGUUCACACUGCACGAGUCCUUAAAAUAGUCAUUUUUUCCAAAGCACUGUUUAAUUUUUAUUUAAAGUUGCCGUUUUAAAGUCACUCAUUAAUCACUGAGGUAUGUGACACUUUACCAGAGAAGACUCAACCAAUGCUGCCUUAAGGACUCAUGUUGUUUCUUUUCUAGUGAGUACAUGGUUAUAGUUCUGUUCACUAGGCAACCUUCCCUGGGUGGUGAUGAGUUUUAGUAGCUCCUUCGAUGUGUAAAUAACACGAAACUAAUAAUGUGUUUGACUUGACUUGACCCUGUGUAUUGGUCUGUAGUGGCUUCCAAUCGUGAUUUUAGGGUUUUGGUUUAGAAGAGAUGGACAAGCUAGGUGUGGUGGCCCCACGCCUUUAAUCCUAGCACUUGGGAGGCAGAGGCAGGCGGAUAUCUGUAAGGCCAGCCUUGUCUACAAAGCUGGUGCCAGGACUACACAGAGAAACCCUUUCUCAGGGGGAAAGGAAGAAGAAGAGAUAGUCACAAAAUGUUAGGUCAGUCUGCUUUAGUUUGCUAAACACCCAAAGGUCAUUUAUUUGUGGGAAGCAAACAGUCAUCUUGUCACUUCUGCAUGUAUCAUGGAGACAUGACUUGUAUGACCAAGUUGCAGAGCUUGCAGCUUCAUUUCUAAUACCUUCAUUUUUGUUUUAAAUAGAUUCAAAAUGUUGUCUUUAGCUAUACUGGGAUCUUUCCAAUUUUAACAUUUCCAACAGUAGCAAUAACUGACCAUGUGUUGUCAAUAUUCCUGUUAACUGGGACUGUGCAAUAUUCCUGUUAACUGGGACUGUGCAGCCUUUGAAUAAGCAUCCCUGCCUCAGUUCACAGCCUGUCACCGGUUUGAUGCAUUGUAAGUUCUUAGAAUUCUGAAGUGAACAGUUAUACUAAAACCUCAGGGGUCAGACCUUCAGUUACACCUAAUGGCAUGAGAAUUUUUCUAAGUUAUGUUGCUUUGGGUCAUGGGAAUGAGAAAGAACACACUUGCAUCAAGGGCUACCGUGCGCCAUGUACAACUUUACUGUGUACUUGUGCAGAUAUGUCUAUGUGAAACACACUUUAAAUCAACAUGUGGUAAAGCUGGGUGAGGCCACUGGCAUGCCAAAGUAGUUGUGUGCCCUGAUGGCCAUGCUCUGGAAGAGGACCAAGAGCUGAGGUUCAAAUGAAGGAGUUGUUCUCUUCCAAGCAGUUAUUUGCCAUCUCCACAGGAAAUGUAAUCUGCCUUUGGUUUAAGCAGGAGAAAGGAGAAUUCCAGAAGGGAUAGGGCAAGUUACAGGCACUUUCCCACCUCACCAUUGGGUCUCUGUGCACCAGAGUUGGGUGGUUACCCAGAACUUUCAGUCUGAGCUGGGGCAGUAGCUCAGCAGCAGAAUGCUUGCCUGGCAUGUGUAAGGCUUGGGUUCUGUUCCCAACACUAAAGAAAUCAAUUCUUUCACCAGUUCACUAGUUCACCCCAAUGCAAGUUGUCUCUGGGCCCUGCAUGAGGAAAGUUGCCACAGCACCUUUUGUAUUGCUGUAAGGGAAGCUGAGGUAAGCAUGGUGGCUUACACCUGCAGUGUGAGCCUCAGGAGACUGAGGCAAGAAGAUUGCUGUGAGUUCUGGGCCAACCUAGGCUAUCAUAGCCAUCUUGGGUGAGACCCUGUUCUGAAAAACUUAAAAUUAGAGGACUAGAGAUGGUUCAGCUAUUGAGAUCAUUGUCUGCUCUUCAGAGGACUUGGGCUUGAUUCCUGACACCCACAUGUUGGUUCACAACAUCUGUAAACUCUAGUCCCUGGGGAUGUGACACCCUCUUUGGCCCUCAUGAGCACCAGGCAUGAACACAGUGCACAGGCAUCCAUGCAGCUAAAACACCCACACAUGGAAACAAUAAAUAAAAGGAGUUGUACUGUUACCUCCCCAGAGCCUAUGGACCUCUCUCCGGGGAAUGGUUUGCCGGGUAACAGGUUGUUAUCCUGAUUUUGGAGACCCAGUUGGACAAGAAGAGUUUAACAUACAGCUGUAUCUUAGGCAAGCAAUGGACUGUUGUUGUUGUUGUUAAAACUUUUAGUAACAUGGUAUCACUCAUCUUCUCCAUUGUGGAGAUUCUCUUCUGUACUUUUUAAACUUGAAGAGGAAACCAAACCUGAUCAUCUGGUCAGAUGAACACACUCAAGCCUAUGAAGUCUACCUCCAGCACAACCAAGCCUGAUACCUCACACACAAGCAAAAAUGAGAGAAAGAAGACCAGGAGUCUCCAGAGGCUUUACAGAAAGUACUUGCAUUGUUUUCUAUAUUUUCAAACAAAUACUGUAUCCAACCAAAGCUGUGAAAGAAAUGGUCUCUUUGGUCAUGUGGCCCAGUCCCUUUUCCUUGGAUUUUAUUCUGAUUAGUCAGCUCAGACCCAUAUAUGAAGUUUGAAAAAAUGUGAAAUUCUGUUACUUUUUUACAUUAGUUCAGUCUUAUUAAAAGCACUAAGCAUUUCAGCAUAUUCAUAGACACAGUCAUUAAGAGACACAGUCAUUAAGAUCUGAACAAGAAAGUAUUUAUGUGGACAUGAAAUGCCCCGACAGAUCCUGGGGCAUUCCUUCACCACUCACUCGGGCAGCUUCUGCUGGCACCCCUACAGCUCUGCAGUGAUCUCAGUGGGCUGACUCAUCGCCAGCUAACAGGCUAUACUGCUAAUCUAGCAUUUCUCAGUACACUAGCAUGUCUUCUUGGGAAUUACGCUUUUUCUUAAACUUUCAAGUUUCAAACCUUCUAAAAUUAUUUUACCUCUAGACAACAGAAUGCUAUUUUUGUCAGUUUAAGCUAACAGUGGCCAUAUUGUAACCAUUUAAAUGAACAAAAUGGCUAAAAGAUCAUCCUUAUAGGUAUUUAUCACUUUAUUGCUUUUGUGAGACAUUGACUGAAAAAAAAAAAGUUGAACUUGUUGAACUUGGAGCGCGUGACUUCAGGCAUGGAUGAAUCCACACAGUAAGACCUCACAGAAGCUGGCUCAUCCUAGACGAACUCCACUCUAGUCUGAGUUGCCACUGUACUUGUUUUGGAACUAAGAGACAGCUGUGAACAGAACAUAGUCAAAAUUUCAAAUGUGUGGACCCUUUAUAUUUCACUUCUAAACAAAAAUUCAAUUCCCUCUGUCAAAAGAAAAAUAUUCCAUUGUUUAAGCAUUGGUCCUAAGUAAAGAUCUUUGUUGAAUUCC